GAGAGUAUAAAUAGCCGGAGCGGGACAGUUGGAGCUCCAGUUGUCCCCAGAGCGUCUCUGGGAGUUGACCUGAAGGAGACCCGUGUACCAUGAUGUAUUGGCUGCUGACAGUAGGUGUGUUGACGGCGUCGCUGCUGGGACAGGCUGAUGCCUACCCGACCGGCGCUCCGAAGGCCGCCUGCGCCACGCUGGAACCGCAACACGAUUCCAAUGACAGCCCCAUUCACAGUGACCUGUACGCCAUCUUCGUGGAGGUGGUGGAUGAUAUCCAACUCAAGGUUACCCUCAACACGACUGGAAAGGAGUUUAAGGGCUUUAUCUUGGCUGCUGACGACCCAACUGGAGUGUUAACUCCUUUAGAUUCUCACGCUCAAGUGCUAGAUUGUCCGGACCAGCCCACAGUGACCCAUACCAGCCGUGUUCUGAAGCAGAGUGUCACUCUUCACUGGCAGAGAGAUACUGGCCUGGCCGCAGUCAACUUCCUAGCAACAGCGGUCACGGCGUACGAAGACGACUACAUUACCGGAAUAAGCUAUUCCUACAGCCCUUAAAAUUCGCGAGUUUCUUCUCCAAGACUCAGACACACUUACAGGGAAAAUUCUUGCCACGUCACGCUGAGUUUCCCCAAGUUAUUGGGGAAUUUUCCCCAUGAUAUUGGGGAAUUUCCCCAGUUUAUUGGGGAAAUUCCCUAGUUUAUUGGGGAAAUUCCCCAGUUUAUUGGGGAAAUUCCCUAGUUUAUUGGGGAAAUUCCCUAGUUUAUUGGGGAAUUUCCUCAGGUUUUUGGGGAAUUUUCCCAAUCUGAGAGCGGAAGGAUAACAGGAAUGUGAAAUACAAUCAGGAUUGUAUCCUUGACAUUUAAAUAAAUUGGUGAAUGUA